GCGCAUCAUUACUGCGUGUCGUCAGUAAAGGGAGGACCCCUGAAAUCUGUAAAUUCAGAACGCGGGCUAAUGUAAACUUAAGAAAACAGAGUAUUUCUUACAAAAGUUUCCAUGCAAAUAAAAAUCCAACUGGGAAACAUUGAAAAACAUGCGGAAUUAACGUUUUGUUGCUGCUGUGUCGCCACAGAAGAGUGAAGUUUGUCUUCUGAGCUGGUAAAAACUAGCUGGCUAAUUUAGCUAGCUAACAGCUAAAGCUGCUACAGCUGCGCAGUUUCGUUUCACAGAAAACACGAAAACAUUCUGACACUAACCAGACACGUCUGUUUACUUUAGCUGUGUUUUCCUGCAAUAAUAUAUUUCGGAGAGUGGGCCGACUUUACCAAACUUUGAUAGCUGACUGCUGCUAACUACAACAUAACCACAGAGCCACGAUGAAGAGAAGAGCUGAAGCAGCCUCGGCACAACUGCAGGGGGCAAAGAGACCUCGAGAUGACAGCAGCUCAGAUGAAGAGUCACAAUUAUCCAGACAAGACUCGAGCCAAAAUGAUUCCCUCAGUGACCAGGAGGAUCAGAGACCGGGCUUCUCCAUGCCUUCCGUAUUAUCUGACGACCAAGACGCUGACCCCUCACUGGCCUCCUCCGAUUUCUCUAUGUACAACACUGUGUCACAAAAACUCAUGGCCAAGAUGGGUUUCCGUGAGGGUGAAGGUCUGGGGAAGUUCGGCCAGGGACGCAAAGAGAUUAUUGAGGCCUCUACCCAGCGAGGGAGAAGGGGUCUCGGUCUCACUCUGCAGGGCUUUCAGGGGGAACUCAGUGUUGACUGGCGCGAUGAACCAAAGCCCACUGCCGUACAAAAGGUAGACUGGUUCCCAGAAUGCACCACAGAGAACCCAGAUGCAGAUGAACUGAGAGACUGGAUGAAACUUGGAGCGAGAAAACUUAAGAUCGAGGAUGAGACCGAGUUUUGCACGGAAGAUUUCCUGCACACUCUUCUAAGGUGCAAGACAGUAUUUGAUAACCUGGAGGGCGAGGAGAUGAGGAGAGCACGGACACGCUCUAACCCUUACGAGACGAUCAGAGGAGGUAUCUUCCUCAACAGAGCAGCUAUGAAAAUGUCCAACAUCGACUAUUGCUUCGACCAAAUGUUUACCAACCCAAAGGAUUCACAAGGGAACCCUCUAACAAAGGACCGCGAGGGCGAGCUGCUGUACUUCGGUGACGUCUGUGCGGGGCCUGGAGGCUUUUCAGAGUACAUACUGUGGAAGAGGCGUUGGCAUGCCAAGGGGUUUGGCAUGACGCUGAAAGGACCCUGUGACUUCAAACUGGAAGAUUUCUUCGCAGCGCCGAGUGAGCUGUUUGAGCCUUACUACGGUGAGGGAGGGGUGGAUGGGGACGGAGACAUCACUCGGCCAGAAAACAUGACUGCCUUUCGAAAUUUUGUCCUGGAGAGCACAGAGGGAAGAGGGUUGCACUUCCUCAUGGCAGAUGGGGGUUUCUCUGUGGAAGGCCAGGAAAACAUCCAGGAGAUCCUGAGCAAACAGCUGCUGCUCUGUCAGUUCCUCACUGCCCUCUCUACUCUCAGGACAGGUGGUCACUUUAUGUGUAAGACGUUUGACCUCUUCACUCCCUUCAGUGUGGGUUUGGUCUACCUGCUCUACCUCUGCUUCGACAGGAUCUCUCUCUUCAAACCCGUCACCAGCAGGCCCGCCAACUCUGAGAGGUAUGUCGUGUGUCGUGGUCUGAAGCCCGGUUCAGACGCCGUCAGGGAAUACAUGUUCAGAGUCAACCUGAAACUGAACCAGCUGAGGAACACGGACAGGGACGUUACGGAGGUGGUUCCCCUGAGCAUCAUCAAGGAAGACACAGACUUCUACCAGUUUAUGGUCAACUCUAACGAGAGCCUCUGUGUAGUCCAGAUCAAGGCCUUGGCUAAAAUACACGCCUAUGUUGUAGACCAGACCCUUUCAGAGCCGAGGCAAGCAGAGAUUAGGAAGGAGUGCCUGAAACUGUGGGGGGUCCCAGACAAGGCCAGAGUCACUCCUGCUUCCUCAGACCCAAGGGUCAAGUUCCAAGAGCUGACUAAGAACUCAGACGUGGAGUCGUUCCAGUCCAAACUCGCAUCUCUCAACACCACUACCCUCGAGAAGCUGCGUCACAUCCUGGACCACAGGUGCAUUGUGGGAGGUGGAGAGCAGAUCUUCCUUCUAUCACUGGGGAAGUCCCAGAUAUACACAUGGGAUGGGAAGUUGCCUCUGCGCUGGAGGAAACUGGAGAAUUUCAAGCUAGAACUGCCAAGAGAUACACUUCUCAGUGUGGAGAUCGUCCAAGAACUAAAGGGCGAGGGCAAAGCUCAGCGCAGAAUUAACGCUGUUCACGUAAUGGACGCACUAAUACUGAAUGGCACUGAUGUAAGAGAUCAGCACUUCAACCAAAGGAUCCAAAUGGCUGAGAAGUUUGUGAAGGCCGUGGCCAAACCCAGCAGACCAGACAUGAACCCUAUCAGAGUGAAGGAGGUUUACAGGCUGGAGGAAAUGGAGAAAAUCUUUGUCAGACUAGAGAUGAAGGUGACGAAGAGUUCAGGAGGAGUCCCACGUUUGUCCUACACAGGCAGAGAUGACCGACACUUCCUUCCCACCGGCCUUUACAUCGUUAAGACUGUCAAUGAGCCUUGGACGAUGGCGUACAGCAAAAACUCCAAGAUGAAGUUCUUCUAUAAUAAGACCACCAAGGGCUCCACCUAUGAAAUGCCACCCAACGCUGCCGCCCCCUUCAGUGUUUGCCACUCUGAGCGGCUCUUCUGGGCCUGGGUGGACGGGGUGAUAGUCCACGACUCUCAGACACGGAUGGACCCCGAGAAACUGUCCAAAGAUGAUGUUUUGUCCUUCGUCCACCAGAAUCACCAUCCCUGAAACGCUCCCAGAGCUUCACCAGAUAAAACCUAGACAAAAAUGCACUAACUUGUGGAGGAUAUAGAGCAUUAGAAAAGGUUAUCAUGCAAUGCCUGAAUUUAUAUUUAUUUUGACAGUAAAAGAUGGAUUCAUAAAAUACUACCAAUGCAUAGAUCAAAACUAUCAUAAACGAUAAGUUUUUAUCAAUCCUUGUUUUUGUUGUCCUGGUAAAUAUCAAUUAGUAAACAGUUAUAUAACCAUUGUUAAGGCCCUCCUGUUCCUCUAUGUUAAGGCCCUCUUGUUCCUCUAUAUUAUGUCACUUAUGGAAAUUAUUACCAGGUUGUUACUGGACUUCUGAAGCUCAAGUGAUGAAAUUGUUUGCUGCUAUUUCCAGCGGUGACAUUUGGACAUUUGACCACUCUGUCUUUCUGCCUUUUUCCACUGCUCUUGGGUCUAUGGAUUGUAACGAAUAGGACAAUGUGGAGACAAAAAACUGCUGCCAUUGUCUCUUCAUGUAUUUGCAUGUCCCUGUAGAUUACGUUUUUAUAGUUCCUCGUCCAAAUUAUGCUUGUGUGUGUGUGUGUGGGUAUGAGUGCAUACGUCACAUUAGCAAUGACAAGAGAGAUGCAUCUGCGAUUUUGGAUACUGCUAGAUAGAGAUACAAAUGUUAAACUAUGCAUCCAUAUCUGUAAACUCGCUUGCCUUGCUCUACAACUGCUCAUCUCCAUAGAAGACCGUCUGUCACACCAACAGGCCCCUUAUCGUCCCUCCAGUAAAACUAGCUGCAGCCUGAACACAACAAUCUUUAAUCAUAUUCUGGUUUAUCCUCAACAUUGUGUUAAGACUGAUAUCAGUUACAGAUUUAGCAGCUUUCCCCAAUUCAGAACAGAUCCAUCCCCUGUGUGUGUGUGUGUGUGUGUGUGUGUGUGUGUGUGUGUUAAACAUUUGGAAGGUGUCCUGUUAGGUUUUAGGUUUUUACUCUGACUCCUCUUUGUGAUUGUGCCUCAUAUUGCCUGAACUGUGUUUUUUCUUAAAUACUGCAAAUUACUUAUUUUUGUUCUUGUAAAGUUCGCUAUGAAUCCCGAUGAUGUAAAUAAUUAUAAUGUAGUAAAUAAAUGGGAGAAGAUGUUCUUCCCAGAAAUAACUUUCAA